CAGAAUCCACGAACAGGUGAAGCGGCAGGGCAAGGACCUAGCGGCUCUCGGCGUGGUGGUCUGCCCCACCCUGUAUUAUCAGACCUAACACACAAGAGGGGCGCCGGCCUUGGCCGGCCCUGGAGCGGGCUGCUGGAGGCAUCACCCGAGCGCAGCCGGCACAGGGGCCCGCAAGAGGCAUGGGUAGAGCGGCGGCCAGAGCCCCGACACCAGCCAGGCUCGUGGAAUUCUAGGCUGGCUGCCGACGCCCCGGUUCCCCGCUUUGCCCGAGUGUUCGCAGCUUCAGGGCCGACUGAGGAUCCUCACGCUCAGACGCUCGGUCUUCCAGGGCACCACGGCCGCGACCACGCCAGAAAUUCCCGGGAAUUUUCUCUGGUUUCGAAUUCCAAAACACUGGCGAAGCACCCCCGCUUUCUGCCAUUGGCUUUAGUGUUUGGUCAUCUGAUUGAUGCGUUCCAAUGAAAGGCAGCCAAAUUACGACUUCCGGUUCCUGGUCAUUCAAUGAAUCGCUAUGCCCACCCCUUACAUACUCUCAUUGGCCAGCCUUUCCCAAUUUGCCAGCCUAUUGGCCAGCACGGUGAGGUCGCCAUCGAGCGGGGGCCGAACGCUGUGUCAGACAGAGAAACAGCCAUGGCGUCCUAUUUCGACGAGCACAACUGCGAGCCGUUGGACCCGGAACGGGAGACCCGAACCAACAUGUUGUUGGAGCUCGCCAGGUCACUUUUCAAUCGGAUGGACUUUGAAGACUUGGGGUUGAUAGUGGAUUGGGAUCACCACCUGCCCCCGCCAGCCGCCAAGGCUGUCGUGGAAAACCUCCCCCGGACAGUCAUCAGGGGCUCUCAGGCGGAGCUCAAGUGCCCCGUGUGUCUUUUGGAAUUUGAGGAGGAGGAGACUGCCAUUGAGAUGCCUUGUCACCACCUCUUCCAUGCCAACUGCAUCCUGCCCUGGCUAAGCAAGACAAACUCUUGCCCCCUGUGCCGACAUGAGCUGCCCACUGAUGACGAUGCUUAUGAGGAGCACAGAAGAGAUAAGGCUCGAAAGCAGCAGCAGCAGCACCGCCUGGAGUACCUCCACGGAGCCAUGUACACGUGAGGUGGCUGGGAUUACACGCUGGCUGGCAGGCCACCACAGCUGCCUCUUGCACCUUGAGUCCUCAUUAAAGGUUUCUUUAUGCACCCUG